CCGCGACACCACACACCCUGCCCCUCUCCGCUCCGUCCGCCCAUCUCUGCGACCGCAAUCAAUUAGAGACACCAUGUCGUCCAUCGUUGGCCGAGCCGCAUUCCGGGCCACUCCCCGCCUCCGAAUGAGCCCGACUACCCGCCGCUUUGCCGAAGCCGUCGAUGAUCGGGCCGCGAGCAAGGAAGCCCUCAAGCAGGGUGCCAGGCGCAAUCCAGAGCUCUACAUCCUGGGAGUAAUCAUGUGCGGUGCCUUCGGGCUUGCGGGAUGGCAUUUCUCGCGGUCACCCACCUCCUCCUCUUCCGAGCAACCAAUUGCACAGGCGCCCGGCAGCGAGCCCUGGAAAGAGGGUGGAGGCACUGGAAAAUAUCAGUACCACCCCGGUGGCGACCCCAAUGCCCCCAAGAAGGACGCUCCUUCAGCAUUGAACACUGUCAUUAUCCCUAAUGUCACCCUUCCAAAGUCUCUCCACGACCAGUUCAACAAGUGGGGCAAGGAUGGUUUCUAAACCAACCCCUCAUUAACCCUCCGCUUUCUUUACCCUCAAUUAGAGAAUCAUGACGGGUCCCCCCGACUUCCUUUACUGCGGUGGCCAUGCAAGACCUGUAGAUAAGCUGAGUCCCCAAAGAUGUAUCAAGUAGAUCAAUUCGAGUCCAUCGAAAGGCCAUUCCCUCCCACCUUCCCACGUAAAUCCCUCUAUCAUUAAAUCCAAAGUUGCC